AUGGGAGACCUGGAGUGUGGCUUUGAGGAGAUGCAAGGAGUGAGAUUGGGAUACCUGCUCAUCAAAGGCAAGCAAAUGUUUGCUUUGUCUCAGGUCUUCACCGACCUGCUGAAGAACAUCCCUCGGACCACGGUGCACAAGCGCAUGGACCACCUGAAGGUGAAGAAGCACCACUGCGACCUGGAGGAGCUGCGGAAGCUUAAAGCAAUAAACUCUAUAGCUUUCCACGCCGCUAAGUGCACUCUGAUAUCGCGGGAGGACGUGGAGGCUCUGUAUUUCUCCUGCAAGACGGAGCGGGUGUUGAAGUCCAACAAAAGGAAAGCGAAAGCGGCGUGUUCCCCCGGGGGUGAGGAUGCGUCCGGGGGACUCCUGCGUGCGGACGCCGAGCUGUGGAAGGAAAAAGUUUGGUUUAGUUUUCACGGCGUCCCGGAGACUCUCACACUUCAUAACAAAACGGGCAGGAGAAGAGAGCUGACUCCCUGCCGCACCGACUCCAAACUACCUCAAUUUUACCACAAAACCCACGGACGGGAGCACCGUUUGGUGACUAAGUCCAGUCACAAACACUUUAAAAACUAUGAAACAGCUAAAAUAACAGGGAACCGCGUUACUUUGAGCCAAAGGCACUCGUUUUUCCGGAGCGCUGUGAGCCGGCAGCCGCUGGUGCCUCAGUCCGCCAUAGCUGCUCAGUCCAGGCUCUCGCGCUCAGCCGGCGACCUACUUCACAAAAGGAAGAGGAGGCGCGAGGGGGGCGGCGGCAGGGACAGCGCGAGGCACUCGUGGAGCAGGAGCAGACACGCGCACCACCACGUACCACCGGUGCUGCUCGUACAACCCAAAUCACCCGGCGGUCACGGGACUUCUUUCGGAGCUUUCCACCUCGGUUCGGAUUUCUAUCUUGACCCCAGACCUCACCAUCAUCACCACCACCAUCAUCAUCACCACCACCACCACCAGCCGAGUUUCCAAGAGAGUUACAGCAGCGACACCGAGUCCAGCACCUACUCAGACCGCGCGUACCCCGACUCGGACUUUGGGUCCGGAUUCUCCACCAGCAGCAGCUCCGAGGAGGAAGAGGAGGGCGAGGAGGAAGAUGACACGGAGAGUUCAGAGGUCAGCUCAGACGAGGAGGAGAGCUCCUCUCAGUCCGACUCCAGCUCGGUUUCUAGCCGUGUUUCGGUCCAGAGCAUCCGGUUCAGACGCGCCCGGGUCGGCUCUCUCGCCAAAACUCUUAACACUAGUAAAGCACCUUUGGUCCUGCAGCCCACGUUUCACUACCAGCAUCAACAAGAGAAACACAGGACACUGGGUCAUGCUGCUGCUUCACAGACAGGCGACAGCAGACAGGAGAAACGCCAGAAAUGUGAAUUUCUAUGCAGUGAAACCAGAAAGGACUUUGGACCUUUACAGCAAAAAUUUAACCCUGGGGAGAGCUUUUUCUCUGAGUCCAAGAGGGACAGGGUGUUUGAGGCAGAUCCAAACAGGGACGAGCUGUAUUCACCGGGACCCAACCGGAGUAAGGCCUUUCACCUCUUACGCAGGACCCCCACCAAGUGCCUUAGCGCACCGUGUGACCAGGACAAGCUCCCCAAAUGUGCCGACAAAAGGGAAGCGAGAGUCAGCAACCUCAAACUGCCCACUCCAGUGAAAAAAAUAAAGACCGAGCCGGAGGAGCUCUGUGUCACCGCCACCCCCCACCCGGACAACAGCAGGACAGCCAGAACACCACCCUUCAACCUCCACAAUGUGAAAGUUAAAGUGGAGGACAGCUGUGAUGAGUAUGAAUACCAGAGCCAGGUGGUCAAAUGUAAAGGAGAUGCGAUAGAGAGCAGCCCAAUCAAACACUUUAUUAAAGCCACAGAGAGGAGCCCCGAUGUGGCCCCAUGUGGUCCUCAGGAAUGCAGGAGCACCCAGGACGCCCCCUGCAUCGAAGAGGGGGACAAAAACUGCAGGGCUCCGGUGCUGGGGAGUAAGAAACGAGUUUCCAGGACGCAAACAAAAAAGGUCAACAAGGCUGCCUCUUCCUGUUCUUCUACGUCUUCUUCUUCUUCUCGUCGCUGCGAGGACACAUCCACUGAGGAUUUACCGAGCAGACGCAAACGCAGCAACGCGAGCACUGUAGCAUCGCCUGCAAAAACGCCUUUCAGCCUCAUGGCAAAUUUCCCAUCCCCGCCGUCGCUGGUUGUUGGCAGCGACGGGGAUUUGUGCCCUGCUUACUCCCUGAACUCGCUGAGGGGCCCCGGGCCUCCCCCUCCGUCCCACCCCGUGUGGAGGUGGCAGCCAGGCGGACAGAUUCUCCCUCCCCCACACGCUCCGAGAACUAGGAAAUACUGAGUUUUUCAUGCAUUAAAAAAAAACAACCCUUGUCCAUUUUGCAUUUUGUAGUCUUAACUUGAGCUCACAAAACUGCUCGCAACUUUAUCGGUGUUUAUCAUAUUUUAUUUCUGUGAAUGGGGUGACAUUCCGCUUUGUUUUGAAGUUUGGUGGAGGUAAAACCCACAAGAUCCCCCUUUUUGGAGCCUCC